AUGAAGGUCAUGGCGGUCGCUCAACCAACGCAGCAGCUCUCAGAUCUGUUCAAGGAAAUCGAGCAGGAGGGCUAUGAAGCUGCCAUCUCUUCGGCCAAACAGUCUUCCGACGCAGCCGGAAUUCCUGGCGCAAAGAUCAUGAUCCAUCUCGAUGGCAGCUCCGACAAGGCCGGCAACGCCGCUAUCCCGGUCCCACGCAACGACAAAGCCUCGCAGGUCGCCCCACACAUUGCCGCCCCACGUGGCAAACUCCUUGAUCAGAUUCUAAAGCCGCUGUGUAAAUAUGGGGUCUGUGUUACAGACGUAGUCCUUGAACUCCAGGUCCUGUGUCUCCGCGGCUCCGCCUGUCCCCACGUGCUCGGCGUCUUCUUGAGACUCUUUGUCUGCCAUAAACGCUGCCAUAUCCGCGAGACCCUGCGAGAAGUAGCAGCCUUCCUCCUCGAACUCGUUCAAGGUACCGAGGCGAAACUUCCUUGGAAGCAUCAUUUCCUUUGCCGCAAUGACCGAUUGGCGUUAGGGGACUACGCGAUCCGGCUCAUGUUGCAGCCAUAUUCGGCAGCAGACAAGAAGAAGGUCAGGGAGGCAGGCAUCGACAUAGACCAACCGCUAACACAACUCCCUACUAUGCAGACGGCUCCAUGGCUGGUUCCACCGCCCCCUGUCGUAUCAUGGAACACGGCUAUUUGCUCUGCUCUCACCGAUAACUUCACCUUCAGAGAUUUACGCGUGUACAACCUUCGGCCAUGCGUCUUGAUACUCUCAUAG